AUGUUUCCGCGGUGCAUUGCCUUCAAGAACUGCUAUUUCGGCAUCGGCGCUCCCAAGCCGGCUGGGAGGCUGAAGACUGUUGUGACGGUUGAGGUUGUGCUUGUUGCUGUUGUUGCUGUUGCUGCUGUUGCUGCUGUUGUUGCUGCUGAGCUGCCGCUGCCGCGGCCGCUGCUUGUUGUUGCUGAGGUUGGGGGGCGGGCGUUUGGGUAUGUCUUUGUUGCUGCUGAUGUUUUCGUUUUUGGCUCUGGUGCUGCGCCUGCGCAUGUGCAUGUUGCUGUAAGCUGUGUUGCUGCUGAGCUUGCUGCUGGUCUUGGUGAUGUUUUUGCUGGGGGGUGGGUUGGGUUUGCGGUGUUUGGUGUUGGUGUUGUUGUUGUUGCUGCUGCUGCUGCUGCUGCUGAGCCUGAGCCUGAGCCUGCUGCUGCUGUUGAACUUGUUGUUGUUGGUGUCUCUGCCGCUGAUGGUGGUUUUGAAGAUGUUGGUGCUGGAGAUGUUGUUGCGGUAAUUGGUGAGGAUGCUGCUGAGACUGUGGCUGUGGAUGUUGUUGCUGGGAGAGAGAGUGAGUCAACUGGUGUGAGUGUUGACGAGAUAGAGCCUGUUGCUGUUGUUGUUGUUGAUGGUGCUGUUGCUGUUGCUGCUGCUGAGUCUGCGGAAGAGUUUGAUGAGGUUGUUUCUGCUGCGGGAUAUGAUGCUGCUGUUGUUGCUGCUGCCGCCGUCGAGCAGCAGCCUGAUGUUGCCCAUGUCCGUCAUGCGGUCCCCGUACGCCCGAUAAAUGAACCUCCUGCCCAUGCAACACAACCUUCCCGUCCGCGUCUUGGCUGGGGCUCUCGGACGUCGUCACGUCUCCACCACUAUGUGGGUGCGGCUGUUGCUGCUGCUGUUGCUGGUGGUGCUGAUGGUGCUGACUCGGAUGAUGAUGCUGUUGUUGCUGCUGCGGCUGAG